AUGGAAAGUUCCAUGAACAAGCGUGGAUACGAAUGCAGUCAAGAGGAUGCAGACAACUUGGCAGAAUCGAAGAGACAAAAAGUGCCUGCUUUGGCAAGUGUUAUUGUGGAAGCUGUCAAGGUAGAUAGUCUGCAGAGGCUUUGCUCGUCUUUGGAGCCAUUGUUUCGCAAAAUCGUUAGUGAAGAGGUGGAACGAGCAUUAUCAAAGUUGGGAAAUUCAAAGUUAACGUCAAGGUCACCAGAACCUAAGAGGAUCCAAGGCCGCGAUGGAAGAAACCUUCAACUUCACUUUAAGACACGAAUGCCUCCACACUUAUUCACAGGUGGGAAAGUGGAGGGAGAGCGAGGCUCAGCCAUUCACGUGGUUCUUAUAGAUGCAAACACUGGAAAUGUAGUCCAAACAGGAGAAGAGUCGGCUUCCAAGCUCAAUGUUGUAGUGUUAGAGGGAGACUUCAAUGAUGAGGAUGAUGAAGAUUGGACGAGAGAGCACUUUGAGAGCUUUGAAGUGAAAGAGCGAGAAGGGAAACGCCCUAUCUUGACCGGUGACACGCAGGUAAUGCUUAAGGAAGGUGUGGGAACUUUGGGAGACCUUACUUUUACCGAUAACUCGAGUUGGAUUAGGAGCCGAAAGUUUAGGCUUGGUGUUAAGGUUUCUCCAGGGUAUGGUGAUAGCUUUCUCAUCCGUGAAGCUAAAACAGAACCUUUUGCUGUCAAAGAUCAUAGAGGAGAAUUAUACAAGAAACAUUAUCCACCGGCUUUACACGAUGAAGUCUGGAGACUGGAUAGAAUAGCGAAAGACGGAGUGUUACACAAGAAGCUACUGAAAGCUAGUAUUGUGACUGUUGAAGACUUCCUUCGACUACUUGUUAAGGAUCCACAGAAGCUGAGAAAUUUGCUAGGGAGUGGAAUGUCGAAUAGAAUGUGGGAGAACACUAUGGAGCACGCAAAGACAUGUGUGUUGGGUGGGAAGCUUUAUGUGUUUUACACGGAUCAGACUCACGCUACAGGCGUUGUCUUUAACCAUAUCUAUGAGUUCCGAGGCCUUAUUGCAAACGGACAGUUCUUAUCUCUAGAGUCUCUUAACCAUGACCAAAAGAUCUCUGCAGACAUUCUGGUGAAGAUAGCUUAUGAAAACUGGCAUAAAGCUGUUGAAUACGAUGGUAAGCUGUUGAAUUGCUUACCAGUGGCGGACAAGGAGAUAAAAGGCUUACCUGAACCAAAAAUAGCCACCGCACCAACAUCUCAAAACCAUCAGCAGAUGCAUAACCAGAACAAUAGACAAGCCGUGCAGUGUCAUCAGAAUGUUAUACCCUAUUCUCCCCUUCCCCAGCCGAUUGAAUAUCCUCAGUUUGUGCAGCAACAUUACAGCCAAUCAUUACCUAGCAACGUACAAGAUUACAACAGCAGGCCAAUGGAAAGUUCCAACGCGUACAGUGGAGAAGAUUGGUGUCGACCAAGAGCUGGACAAGGUCUUGAAGACAUAUUCAGUGAAGAAAUAAGACUGAGGAGUUCCGAGAUGCUUGAGACUGAUGAUAUGCAGAGACUGUUGAAGACUUUUGGGAUCGGUAUGAACAGUUUGGGAGGAACACAGGGCGGGUUUGGUCAGACGGAUGAGUCUUGUUACGGUUACAGUAUGCCGUACCAAGCUCAGAUCGAUAACACGUACAGGAGAGAGCGUAAUAGAGGGUCGGGAAAAGCUGUGGUGGGAUGGCUUAAGCUUAAAGCUGCUUUGAGGUGGGGUAUCUUCAUACGCAAGAAAGCUGCGGAGAGGAGGCCUCCUCAGAUUGUGGAGAUUGAAUGAAAAAAAAAAAGAGAAGAUAGAAGUGGCUUAGGCUUUUCUUUAGACGAUUUUUUUCGUUCUUAUGAAGGCUUUGAAGACAGCUUCUAUAAACACAAGAGUGUUCAUCUCUUGGAUGAACAAUUUAAGAGUAGAGAGAAGUGGACUUUGUUUCGUAUUUCUAAUGCUUUAUUUGUUUGCUCUCUUACAUUUCAUGUUAACUUUUGUUAUCAUCG